CUUGACCGAAGACAGUCGCAAAAUCAAAAGUUGAAAAAAAAAUCAAGACUCGAAAUAACCUCCAGGGAAGCACUUGUCAAGACUACUAUCGAAGCAAAAAUGUGCGAUCCGUGCUGCGAUGCAAUUUGCGGACCGUGUGGGCCAUGCGGACCUUGUGGUCCGUGCGGGCCAUGUGGACCGUGCGCACCUUGUGGUCCAUGUGGCCCUUGCGGACCAUGUGGACCUUGCGGGCCCUGUGGUCCUUGCGGGCCCUGUGGUCCUUGCGGACCUUGCGGACCUUGCGGACCUUGUGGACCUUGUGGACCUUGUGGACCUUGUGGACCAUGCGGACCUUGCGCACCGUGUGGGCCAUGUGAUCCAUGCCGGGAGCCACGUAACAUGACAGCUGGUCAGCUAGCCUGUAUACCCCAGUGUCCAACGGGAUGUCCACCACCGACAUGCGGCCCACGGUUUGUCACCGUUCAACAGCCGCCCCGACUGGUGGCCCAGAAAAAAGUUAUCAACUGUACACGAACCGUAAUCGACAAGCACGUUUUACCACAAACGAAAGCAAUAGUGGAACCCAAGCUCAUCUACCAACCUAAAACCAUCAUCGAACCGUGUGUUAUAUUCAAGAAACGUGUGGUGCCGGAACCGAAAGUCGUCUACUACAGUCGAGUGGUCCCAGACCCGAAGGUUGUUUGCAAUCAGCGGACUAUCGUCGAACCGAAAGAGUACUGCACUACGAUGGUUUGCCAGCCGAAGCCACAAAUCGUACCAGUUCCACCAGCUAAAGAGUACUGCUGCGUUUCGUCCGGUACCACAUUCUUCAACAAUGCUUGCUGUCCGCCUACUCCCGGACCAAUUUGUCCCCCCAAAUACUGCUAGCGCAAGCAACAGUGACAAGCGAUCAAAGUAACAUGUAAGUUUUGAUGACAUAUUUGUAUGGAGCUACAAUACAAACCCCAUGCCUACAGAUCCCCUGAAACAUGUCCGAUCCGCGGUUAGAAACCCAACUCCAAAGCCGAAGAUCCCCAAAACGAACUGGUACUGCACC